UGAAAGUGAAAGAAUCACUGAAUGUUAAAUUACACGUUUCUUUAGCGUCAGCUUCACAAGGAGCGAGAUUACGGACAACACAAUAAGGAUUGUUUACUAAAGGUGACGAUUUCUUUAUCUUCACUUCAGUCCAGUGCAGUCGAGGAGAUCAGACCUGGUCGUACACAACUGUCUUUACGAGCAAUAACAUUUCUGUACUGAUGGUAAAAGAUGGAUCACUUCAGUCCUGUCCAACCUGCUGGAUCUCCACAAGUAAAGACAAGUGACCUUCAGCGAGGGAGAAACAAAACAGAGCAGAAGAUCAUAAUCACAGACGGAGGACGUAAUGAUGUAACUACUGAACCUCAUCUUCAGGACAGAUGCAGAACAAAUCUGAUAAAGAAAUUUCAGCACAUGAGCGAGGUUAUAACAGACCAGAUAACAGACCAGGGAAACCCAACACUUCUCAAUGAGAUGUACACAGAGAUCUACAUCACAGAAGGAAACAGUGGAGAAGAAACACCAAUCAAAUGUAGUGACAUCUUUAAGCCUUUACCCGAAGAAGACAAACCCAUCAGAAGCGUUCUGACAAAGGGAGUCGCUGGCAUUGGAAAAACAGUCUGUGUGCAGAAAUUCAUUCUAGACUGGGCUGAAGGGAAAACAAAUCAGGAUGUUCAUCUCAUAUUUCCACUUCCUUUCAGAGAGCUCAAUCUGAUGAAGGAUCAAACACUGAGUCUGAUGGAGCUUCUUCAUUUCUAUAUUGAGGAGAUAAAAGAAACAAACAUUUCCAGCCUGCACAAAGUUCUGUUUAUUUUUGAUGGUUUGGAUGAGUGUCGUUUCCCUCUGGAUUUCCAGAACACAGUGAGAGUGUGUGAUGUAACUGAACCAGCAUCAGUGGAUGUGCUGCUGAUAAACCUGAUCAAAGGGAAUCUACUUCCCUCUGCUCUCAUCUGGAUCACCUCCAGACCUGCAGCAGCUGAUCAAAUCCCCUCUGAGUGUGUGGAUCGAGUCACAGAGGUACGAGGGUUCAAUGACCCACAGAAGGAGGAAUAUUUCAGGAAGAGGAUCAGAGAUCAGAGCCUGAGCAACAGAAUCAUCACACACCUGAAGUCAUUAAGAAGCCUCUACAUCAUGUGCCACAUCCCGGUCUUCUGCUGGAUUUCAGCCACUGUUCUAGAGAGACUGUUGGGUAAAGCAGAGAGUGGAGAGAUCCCCAAGACUCUGACUCAAAUGUACACACACUUCCUCAUCAUUCAGACAAACAUCAUCAAGAAAAAGUACACAGAGAGCAGAGAGACAGAUAACGAAAUGGUCCUGAAACUGGGUAAUCUGGCUUUUCAGCAGCUGAUGAAAGGCAACCUGAUCUUCUAUGAGGAAGACCUGAUGGAGUGUGGCAUCGACGUAACAGAAGCAUCAGUGUAUUCAGGUGUGUGUACACGGAUCUUCAGAGAGGAGUUUGGGCUUCACCAGAGUAAAGUGUACUGCUUUGUUCAUCUGAGCAUUCAGGAGCACCUCGCAGCUCUGUAUGUGCACCUGACAUUCAUGAAUGAGAAGAAAAACGUUUUUAAAAAGACAACAACAAUAUUGAGACUGAGAGAUGUUCACAAGAGUGCAGUAGAUCAGGCUUUACAGAGUGAAAAUGGACGUCUGGAUCUUUUCCUUCGCUUUCUUCUGGGUCUCUCACUGGAGUCCAAUCAGAUCCUCUUACAAACUCAAAAUAUAGUGACAAAGACAAAAAGUAUCUCCCACAGUAAUCAGGAAACAGUUCAUUACAUCAAGGAGAAGAUCAGAGAGAAACCCCCCACAGAGAAAUCCAUCAAUCUGUUCCACUGUCUAAAUGAACUGGAAGAUCAUUCUCUAGUUGAGGAAAUCCAACACUACCUACAGUCUGGAAAUUUACAGCAUAUUGAACUUUCUCCUUCUCAGUGGUCAGCUGUGGUGUUUGUGUUACUGACAUCAGUGCAGGAACAGGAUGUGUUUGUCCUGAAUAAAUAUAUUAACAAAUAUUGUACACCUGAGGAGGUUCUUCUGAAGCUCCUGCCUGUGGUUUCAGCAUCCAGAAAAGCAGAUCUUAAUAAUUGUGACGUGAAAGAGAAAGGCUCUACAGCUUUAGCCUCUGUGCUCCUGUCUGAUUCCUCACACCUGAGAGAACUGGAUCUGUCUGGGAAUAGAUUCAAAGACUCAGGAGUGAAGAGUCUCUCUGCUGGACUGGAGUAUCCUCACUGUAAACUGGAGACACUGAGGAUGUGUAGUUGUCGUUUCACAGAUAAAGGAUGUGCUGCUCUGAGUUCAGCUCUGAGAUCAAACCCCUCACACCUGAGAGAACUGGAUCUGUCUAGGAAUUAUCUCAGAGACUCAGGAGUGAAGAGUCUCUCUGCUGUACUGGAGAAUCCUCACUGUAAACUGGAGACACUGAGGUUGUGUAGUUGUGGUGUCUCAGAUGAAGGCUGUGCUGCUCUGAGUUCAGCUCUCAGAUCAAACCCCUCACACCUGAGAGAACUGGAUCUGUCUAGCAAUUAUCUCAGAGACUCAGGAGUGAAGAGUCUCUCUGCUGUACUGGAGAAUCCUCACUGUAAACUGUGGACACUGAGGUUGUGUAGUUGUGAAAUCUCAGAUGAAGGCUGUGCUGCUCUGAAUUUAGCUCUGACGUCAACAUCCUCACACCUGAGAGAACUGGAUCUGUCUGAGAAUAAACUCGAAGACUCAGGAGUGAAGAGUCUCUCUGCUGUACUGGAGAAUCCUCACUGUAAACUGGAGACACUGAGUUUGUGUAGUUGUGGUGUCUCAGAUGAAGGCUGUGCUGCUCUGAGUUCAGCUCUGAGAUCAAACCCCUCACACCUGAGAGAAUUGAAUCUGUCUAGGAAUUAUCUCAGAGACUCAGGAGUGAAGAGUCUCUCUGCUGUACUGGAGAAUCCUCACUGUAAACUGGAGACACUGAGGUUGUGUUAUUGUGAAAUCUCAGAUGAAGGCUGUGCUGCUCUGAGUUCAGCUCUGAGAUCACACCCCUCACACCUGAGAGAACUGGAUCUGUCCUGGAAUGAACUCAGAGACUCAGGAGUGAAGAGUCUCUCUGCUGUACUGGAGAAUCCUCACUGUAAACUGGAGACACUGAGGUUGUGUGGUUGUGAAAUCUCAGAUGAAGGCUGUGCUGCUCUGAGUUCAGCUCUGAGAUCAAACCCCUCACACCUGAGAGAACUGGAUCUGUCUUGGAAUAAACUCAGAGACUCAGGAGUGAAGAAUCUCUCUGCUGUACUGGAGAAUCCUCACUGUAACCUGGAGACACUGAGGUUGUGUGAUUGUGAAAUCUCAGAUGAAGGCUGUGCUGCUCUGAGGUCAGCGCUGAGAUCAAACCCCUCACACCUGAGAGAACUGGAUCUGUAUUGGAACAAUCUAGGAGACUCAGGAAAGGAGCUACUCUUCAGAAUUAAAGAUCAUCAUCAUCAUAAACUCCAGGAUUGGAGCUGAGAUGUGGAUAAACAAAUAGUUGAGAUAUAUAUAUGGUAUAUAGGAUAUACAAAUAGUUCGACCUGUUAGCAUUGUUUCAUUUGGUUCCCAUAAAGAGCUACUGAGUAAAAAACAGGAACAGAUUUGGUCAUUUUGCCAGAAUGUUCUGUCCUUGGUGUGAUUCUUCAUGUGUGUUUAAGGAAGUGGUUUUACUGAAGAUAGAACUAUUAUUAUUGUUGUUGUUGCUAUAACACACAAUCCCAGAGUGAUAUCACAUCUCAGUUAUUUACUCCAAGUUCUUCCUAUUGUUAUUUUAGUUUAAGUCUUUAAACUCUCAAGUUGUAAACUGUACCAAAGAAAAAUCUAUUUCUUUUGUGAUUAGUUCACUGUAGUUUAUAUAUGGAUAUGUGCUGCAUGUACAGCGAAGACAUAUACAUGGAAUUGUACUCAGAGCCGAUCCUGACCUCCCUGGGGCCCUAAGCAAAAUUCUGCUAAGGGGCCCUCCUACCUGACCCGUGAGCCAUGUAAACCAUUUGCCACACAUUCACACUUGACACCCCACUGCUCCCACUACAAACCUCCCUCCUUUUAAAAAAAGUUUGCUCCAUUUCUCGGUCAAAGUGUAAAACAAUACAGAAUUGAAUGAGGUAUAAACAAAUCUUUAUUAAAUGAAAUAUUUUACAUAGAAGUUUGAGUUGAAUAUUAGCAAUUCAAUUUAUUAGCAUUGCACAGCUAAUGUAGCUAGUCAGAUAGAGACAAUCACAUCAAUUUUACUGUUAUUUGCUCUUGCUGACAUCAAACUUGAAGAGAAGAGAACACAAGUUUACCUGAUUGCUGUUGAAAAUCUAAAAGAAAAAUAAAAGUGCAAUCAAAUUUGAGAUAGUAAUUUGCGUGACAUUGUUUGAUCAAUCACAUGGCCUAUUACAGUUUUUUUGGAUUGCUUAAGCACAAUUUUCAAAAAACAGGGCCCAUGUUUUCAAAACACUACACACAAUUAGCACAACCACACACAAUUAGCACAACACUACAGAUCCCCUGCAUAAUUAAACACUCUUUAAAAACCACACUGUUACCAUAUGAAACACACGUUUCACAUUACUAUACUCUGUUUGCACAAGUUACACUCUGCUGUGAUAAACCUAACACUUUUAGCACUUCUACUUCCCUAUGCUUUAGAGUAGGCUACCAUCAAUAAAAGUACAAAUAUAAUGUAAAUUCAAACACUACACAAGACCAAUGUUACAGACUGAAGAAACUCAUUUGUCAACACGCCCAAAAUUUUGACAUGGAGAUUCAUAAUACUGUAAUAGAAUGUCACUUUACGUAUUGUACUGCAAGUUUACUGGAAAAAAAAAAAUAAAUAAAAAAAAACCUAGACAUUGUCUCUUCACCUAGCUGGAUCUGGCCAGAGAAUUAUCAACGUCGCAGGCAACAUUGUCAUUAGCAAGACACCUUGGAAAGAGAUGUCUUGAAUGACGAAUCCAUCCUUGCAUUGCUGCUACCUCCAUCUGGUCACAGGCCUCCUCCAUGGCUUGGGUGGAUCAGCCUGGAGACGGAGAUCAUAUACC